AGAAAUCGCCGCCAAGUUGGCUUCCUCCCUUUGUGCGGUUCAGCUCAGUUUAACACAUUCACCCAGUUAUGUUGCGAUGAAAACUUGUUGCCGAAGAUGACACCCACUACCGUUUGCUGUGAUCAUACCACGUACGACCCACUACAUCAGAUAUGCUGUGAUGGAGCAGUGUACCAGAAAUCGCAAUAUAUUAUUCCAAAGUGCUGUGGACAAGAUGCGUAUGAUGGAAAUACCACUGGAACCAUCUGCUGUAGUAGUAAUAUCCACACUGGCCAUGGACCCAGUCCAGCUUGUUGCGGAUCAGAUAACGCCUAUAACACUCUCACUGAGAUAUGCUGCGAUCAAAGCAACGUGUUGCCUGCGGUAGGUACACGAGUCCAGCUUGUUGCGGAACACAAUCAUACGAUGCCACAAGCUUCUUAUGUUGUAACAACAUGAUGAUUGUGCCUAAAUCAGGGCCAAAUUCAGCCUGUUGUGGCAACUUUGUCUACGAUACCAGUACACAGAUUUGCUGUGGUGGAAUGAUUUUCAUGAAGCCAGGCAAUGCGUCGGCGUGCUGUGGAAAUAUGGCCUACGACCGGGUGACGCAGAUGUGUUGUCAAGGAGUGCCAUCUAUGAAGCCCGGUGCAAAUCCUGCUUGCUGUGGGAUAUUCGCUUACGAUCUGACAAGCUCCAUGUGUUGCAGUGGCCAUGUAGCUCCGAGAUCACCCUCAGUAACCAUGUGCUGUGGAAUGUUUUCACAGCCCUGUCACUCACUUGUGCUGCAAUGGUGUUGUGGGUAUAAGAGUAGGUCUAAUGCCAUCUUGCUGUUCAACGUUUGUGUAUAA